CCCGAACCGGACUCGGCAGAUAUCGGGGACGUAGUCUGAAUGUCACGGAGCAAGUCGGCCACCCACCAAGUAGGAAAUCUCUCCCAAUGACGAUUAACUCGGCCAGCAGCAGCAAUGGGACGCCGGUAACGGCUACCAAUGGUGCUAGGAGUAAUAAUGCAAACAAUAGUACCAAUAGCAGCAACGGUACUAGCAACACCAGCAAUGGUACCAACGGCAGCAGUAACGGCAAUAAUAACAACAUCAACGGUAUCAGUAACAACCACAAUGUGCCGCCUCUCUGCAGUCCAACGGCCGACGGCUCCCGGUACGAGCUAACAAGCCCAACGGCGCUCCCCAAAGCCGGCGCCUUUCUAUGGAACCAGAAGAUGAUGAUCCAGGUGACAUGCCGGGGGUACGCGACGGCGCAGUUCAUGCAGCCAGAGCCAGCCAAGUACAUCCACGCGCCGAACCUCGAGGCGCGGACCUUCAUGCAGCCGGAGCAGAACUACUACGCGCACCACCCGGGGCGAUUCGUAUACAUCAAGGAUGAAGAAAUGCCGUCCCCGCAAAACAUGUUCAGCGCACCCUUCGAACCCGUGCGCAACAACGCCGCACCUAUUGAUAAAUUCGUAUUCUCGGCAGGAAAAAGCGACGUCCGCUGGACGGUCGAAAGUCUCGGCCUGCGCGUAGAAAUGACCCUCGUAAUCCCCACGCACGACGUGGUAGAGCUCUGGUCCGUCACGGUAACGAACCUAAGCGAUCGGCCCCGGAAGAUCAGCGUGUACCCCUAUUUCCCCUUCGGGUACAUGUCAUGGAUGAACCAAUCCGGCGAAUGGCGCGCAGACUUGAACGGUGUCGUAGCGAGCAGUAUCACACCGUACCAGAAGGCGGAGGAUUACUUCAAGAACAAGUUACUGAAAGAUAAAUCGUAUUUCCUAUGCGAGACGGCUCCGACGUCCUGGGAGGCAAGACAGAGCGCCUUCGAGGGCGAAGGAGGACUGCAUGCGCCCUCGGCAAUCACAGACAACGACGAGCUAGGAUGCAGCGACGCGCGCUACGAGACGCCAGCAGCAGCAGUACAAUACCGUCUCUCUCUGUCGCCAUCGUCAAGCCAUACCCUGCGCUUCCUUCUCGGCCCGGCUCUCGACGACGCCGAGAUCGCGACGAUGAAGUCCCGGUACCUAAGCAAAGCGGGCUUCGCGCGCUGCGCCCGCGAAUACGCGUCGUACAUCGCGAAGGGGACAGGGUGUCUACAGAUCAGCACGCCGGACGCCGCGCUCGACAACUUCGUGAACCACUGGCUGCCGCGCCAAUGCUACUACCACGGGGACGUGAACCGGCUGACCACGGACCCGCAGACGCGGAAUUACCUGCAGGACAACAUGGGCAUGGCCUACAUCAACCCGGGCGUGACGCGCCGCGCAUUUCUCACGGCGCUGUCCCAGCAGGAAGCCACGGGCGCCAUGCCCGACGGGAUCCUGCUCGCCGAGGGGGCCGAGCUGAAAUACAUCAAUCAGAUCCCGCACACGGACCACUGCGUCUGGCUCCCGGUGGCGCUCGAGGUCUACCUCUCCGAAACAGGGGACUACGCGUUGCUCGACGAGCCCGUCUCCGACGUCCGCGGGGAUCAGCACACGGUGUUCACGCGCGUAAGCCACGCGGUGGACUGGCUUCUCUCGGCGCGCGACGAGCGCGGCCUGAGCUACAUCGCGCAAGGCGACUGGUGCGACCCGAUGAACAUGGUAGGCUACAAGGGCAAGGGGGUAUCAGGGUGGUUGACGCUCGCGACGGGGUUCGCAUGUCGUCUAUGGGCGGAAGUCUGUUCGCACCAAGGACAAACCUCGCUAGCAUCUAAAUACCGCGCGGGCGCGGCCGCCGUCAACGACGCCGCGAACAAGCACAUGUGGCCCCUUAACGCAUCGUGGUUCGCGCGCGGCAUUACCGACGACGACGUCGUCUUCGGCGUCGCGGACGACAGCGAAGGGAAGAUCUGGCUGAAUCCACAGACAUGGUCGAUUCUCAGCGGUGCCGCGUCGCCGCGCCAAAUCCGACAGAUGCUGGGCGCCGUGGACGAGCAUCUUUCGACACCGUACGGGACACUAAUGUUCGACCCGCCGUACAGCGGGAUGCGCGAGGACGUCGGGCGCGUGACGCAGAAGUAUCCCGGUUCGGCCGAGAACGGAUCCGUAUACAACCACGCAGCGGUAUUCUACAUCCACGCGCUCUACGGCAUCGGGGAGGCCGACCGCGCGUACGAGGUCCUGCGCAAGCUGAUCCCGGGCCCCAGCGACGCCGAUUACAUCCAGCGGGGCCAGAUGCCCGUGUACAUACCCAACUACUACCGGGGCGCGUGGCGCGAGUAUCCGCGCACAGCGGGGCGAUCAAGCCAGCUAUUCAACACGGGGACCGUGUCCUGGGCCUAUCGAUGCUUCAUCGAGGGAUUAUGCGGGUUACGCGGGGACGCCGAAGGUCUGACGAUCCGACCUCAACUACCGCCUCACUGGGGCGGGAUGAAAGCGACGCGUCUAUUCCGCGGGGGGACAUUCCACGUAAAUAUCUCGAAGGCCGACGUGGACGAGGUCGUCGUGAAACACGGCAAUACCGUGCUGCCGGGCGCCCGAUUCACAUCGAUCCAGUCCGGCGCGACAUACGAAUUGUCCGUGCAAGUGCCGAAAUAAUAAGCCAAGUCAGCGAACUUUGAUGAGAACAGAAAGGAAACAAAAAGGCUGGUCCUUACAGUGAGUGUAAAGACGAUGGGUAAAGGGGAAGGAAGGAAGGAAAGGGCCAAGCAUCAUAUUUUCACGAAGUUAUGAGAACCUUGUUGUGUUUUUUUACUAACCCCGCCCCCCCUCUUAAAUAAUUUAUCUACUCACUUGCAUAAUUUUCGUCCUCGGUCAUGACAAGUUCCAUUCGUUUAGGUCAGUCAGUCAGUCAGUUAGUUAAGAAAUUGUAUAUGUUGCUUGGUGCAAACGACGAGUGAAGUCGAAAGCGUGGUUCAUGUGAAGCCCCUGUAAUUGUCAUCUU